GAAAUGAGGGAAACAUUUUCCAGAUUGACGAGGAAACAGGAAACAUCACGAUGACUAAAGCUGCUGAUAUUGUCGGACCAAUAACCCUCACAGUUCUGGCGUCGCAGGUGACCAACAGAGAUCAGUUUGCAGUGACACAGGUGACCAUCGAGGUGAUGAAGAAGAGCAGGAACCCUCCUCGCUUUGAGAAGGAGCGAUAUGAAGGAUUUAUCUACAGCAACUCGGUCCCGGAGAGCAUGAUCCUUCGAGACCGGAGCACCAACCGGCCCUUCAGGGUCCGAGCCCGAGACGAGGACUUCGCCGGCGGCGUGAAUCCAGAUGUGAAGUAUGAGGUCCAGUACAGCAGCUAUGUCAACGUCACCUCGGACGGUUUUGUGAUCCUGAAAAGAGUUGUGAAGACGGAGUCCUUCGCACUUCAGCUCCGAGCAGUGGACGCGACGACGGGGGAGUCUGGAACUGCAGCGCUCUCUGUUCAGGUGAUACCAGCUGUGGCCAUCCCAUCGCCCUCAAACAUCGGCUAUCGUCCAGGCGACAUGGCGCUCCUGGGUCUGAUCAUGGCGGCUCUGCUGGUUCUCUGCCUCAUUGUGAUUGGCUUCCUGAUUUCGCGCUUGUGGAAAGGAAACGCGAGCAUGGACAAACUAUGCGAGUGCCUGGGCCCCUGUCUGCGGUCCGACCAGCCCCGGUCCGGUCACAGGGACUCGCUGCAGUACACCAACGACGGCUUCCAGAACGAGGCCGACCCGGGCCGAGGGGGAACCAGGCGCUGGAACAACGUCAUGCCCAGACGCAGCACCUUCCCCCAGCCUCGAGGUCGGGUCAUCCCCAUGGACAGACGGAGCCGCCACUGCUCCUCCUGCGGCGUCUACACCAACCACGUCCCCAAGGGCAGCCCCUCGGCCAGACCCUCCAGGAGGGGCAGGGGAGACGGGGACGAGUACAGCAUGAGGUCCAUCCUGACCAAGCAGCGGAGGAGGGAGGGCCAGAAGACGGUGUGGUUCAAGGAGAGCGAGGACUCCUCGGACAUCGAGGUGGAGAUUAUCCCCGACACCGUGGGCCGGGUGGAGGAGGAGACGGAGGAGGAGCUGGAGGGGGAGGUGGAGAUGGAGGGUGUUGUCAGAGAUCCGGCUGCCCCGCUGAGAGAGUCCGACGGCGGGCAGGAGAGCCAGAGCACGGAGUCCGGCGAGGAGCAGGACUCUGGAAACGGCAGCUUAGAAAAGGAGAAGGGAAACCAGGAGGAGGAGCGCUGACAGCAGAGGUCAGACUGGACACGAGCAGAACGCUGUUUGUUUUCUUGUCACUUUGGAUUCUGCAGCCUCCAGCAGAGGCCUCAGCAGGCCAGGAUGACACGGCAAACAUCUCUGAACAACUGCCAAACCUCAAGAAGGAUCCAAAAAGUAUUUAUCUUCUACUGUGAGUAUCUUAGAAUACAGAGUCAGUGGGCAUAACUUCAUAUGGAACAGUUCUAAGCAAGGAUACACCACAAGCUCUAUAACACCUGUACCGAGGUGACAUGUUUUCCUGGUUCUGGAUAUCGUUUAUGGUCAUAAUAACAACAUACUCACUCAUCUCUAGUGCUUCAGUAGAAGGCACAUUUAAUUUAUAUUCGGUCCUCUUGUCCAAGAAGCUUUCACUGUUCUGACAGGUGGAGAACUGAGGCUGCUUCUUCUCAUCCUCAGCUUGUAUGACGUGAGUUGUGAAUGGUUGGUGAAAGAGUCUGGGAAGUCAGGACUGCACUCAAACUAGUGUCCUUCACCUUUAGAUGCAGAUGGUGAAUCUCGUCUGGACAAGAUGUUCUCCUGAGUUGACUGGCUGUGUAGUCUCUCCUGUGAGCUCCUCAGACUGCACAGACAACACUGCUCAGCUCGUGUUUGGAUGUUUUAUUCUCAACCAAUUUGUGUCUUUUUUUUGAGUCUCAAGUGCACUGGGAUGUUGUGUUUUGGAAAAAAUCCUUCUAAGUUUUUCAGAAAAUCCAGCUACACAAGAGGUACCACAUUGAUCUGCCUGCCAUCCAUCUCUGUUUGAUGAUGUGCUGGUUUUUCAGCAUCUCUUACAU